AUGAACGGCAGCCGGAAGGAUGAAAGCCAUGGUGGCGCUCUAGCCCAGCAACAACUGCUAUACAUUGACGGGAAACACCAGGCUGCUUCUGAUGGGGCCACUUUUCCGGUCAAGAAUCCAAUGACUGGCAGUAUCAUGUACAACUGCGCUUCGGCCUCCGUUGACGACUACGCAACCGCCGUCGACAACGCCGAUGCGGCAUACCAAGGAUGGUCCAGAACGCCGCCUUCAACCAGACGACGUAUCUUCCUCAGGGCUGCUGAGAUAUUGGAGUCAUACAUGGAGGAAGAUGCACCAUUGCUUCUCUCCAACGAAGUGUCGGCCACCGAGCACUGGGUCAAGGUCAACAUUCUCGCCACUGCCGCGCUUUUUAGGGAGGUGGCAGGGCUGGUUACGCACAUCAAGGGCGAAAUUGUGCCAGCGGAUCGGCCCGGGACGACCAUCCUUGUAGAGAGGCAGGCUGUUGGCGUAAUAUUUGCUAUAGCCCCCUGGAACGCACCUGUGAAUUUGACGGCAAGGGCAGUAGCUUGCCCGCUCAUCUGCGGGAACACAGUGGUUUUGAAGCCGUCCGAGAUGAGCCCCAAGAGCCAAUUCCUCGUUGUACGGGCCUUGAGCGCGGCAGGCCUGCCACCGGGCUGCCUUAAUUUUCUCCCCUCAUCCCCAGAGCGCGCUCCCGAGGUGACCGAGUUUGCGGUUAAGCACCCAAAGAUCCUCCGCAUAAACUUCACGGGCAGCGACCGGGUGGGCAAAAUCAUUGCCGGGUGGGCCGCCACCUGCUUGAAGCGGUGCGUCUUGGAAUUGGGGGGCAAAGCGCCCGUCAUCGUACUGGACGAUGCCAACAUUGACGAUGCGGUUGAGGCGGUGGUGUUUGGCGCUUACGCCUACGCUGGGCAGGUUUGCAUGUCUACUGAACGUGUGCUGCUGCAUAAAUCGAUCGCCGGGGAAUUCAAGGAGAAACUAGUCCGCCGGACGGCAAGUCUGAAGUCUGGCAACCACCUGGAAGAGACUGGGGUCUCCAUUUCCGGGCUCUUCACGCCGGCGUCUGCCGCGCGGGUCAUGGCCAUGAUCCGCAGCGCCGUAGACGGCGGCGCCAAAAUGCUGGCGGGAGACCUCAAGAUUACAGGCCCCAACCAAACCAUCAUUGCGCCUCACAUUCUCGAGAAUGUCAGCCCCGAAAUGGACCUUGCGCACAAGGAAUCGUUCGGCCCGGUCAUGGUUCUGUCCGAGUUUGAGACGGACGAAGAGGCGAUUGCGUCGGCAAACGACAGCGAGUUCUCGCUCUGCGCCAGCGUCUGGUCAAGAGAUGUCAUGAGGGCGAUGGACAUUACAAGGCGGGUGAGGGCAGGCGCGUGUCACAUCAACGGCCCGACCAUAUACGUUGAGUCCACGCUUCCAAACGGCGGCACCGGCGGUAGCAGUGGAUAUGGUCGUUUUGGCGGCAUGGCUGGUGUGGAGGAGUUUACUGAGCGCAAAAUUGUCACACUGGCCAAGCCAGGCUUGAAGUUUCCGUUUUGA